GUCUAAAUUAUAAAGUCAUUAUGCAAGUUCAUAAUUUUAAUUAUGUUUAUCCUGUCUUUUUUGCCCACUUGUGUUUUGGUCAUACUGCUUCUCAUCCGGCAAAGUUUUUAAUUUUAGUCUUAAAAUGGAGGAGCUGUGCAACAAUUCCGGACAUUCGGCUACUUCCAGUAGCGGAAGUAACUCGUCAAUAUCCGCUAAAACCGCAUUGAGUGAAUGCUCUGCCGCAUGGAUAAAUUACUUAAGCGCUUUGAAUAAUUUAUGUACUGCCGGCUCGAAAUUGGCGCACUCUAUAGCUGUUUUGGAACAGUGGUCUCUGAGCGAAAAACCGUUGUUCAAUAACUAUACAACAUCUUAUUUAACAAAUUCAUGGAACGACUUGGCAAGAGCAACAACGGUGGCCACAGGAACAGUCAAGACCCACAUGUUGGCUUUACUUCAGGAUUUCGUUACCAUAUCGUCCAUGGAUCAGUCCUCCAAUACCGAGUUGGAUCAAAAAAGGUUCCGAGAACACAACGAACUAAUAGUAUUAGAGAAUGCGCAGGCUGUAAUAAAUAUUCAGCACCAGUUCUGUGCAGCCAGCUACGAUGCAUUUUCAUCUUUGACUUGUUGCUUUGUUUGCCAAUCUCCAGUGGGAUUUCCACAUGAACAAGACUGCAGUGUUAUAAAACAACGCAAUCAAUACGACCAACGAUCUCAAACUCCAUCGCCCAAUUUAUGUGGGCCAAGUACAAAAAUGGACUCAUCCAGAGGAAACUCACUCACCGACCAACGCCCAAUUACCAGUGGAAUUUCAGAAUCAGCUGAUCAGCCACGAGGCCCCUCACCUCAAAUGAAUUUUUGCGAUGCCAAUCCAAUGCAAGCUAUUUUCGAGCACACACGCGGUCCCUUGCCAAACCCCGGACAAUUGCUGUCCAUGAAAAUUCCAUUUCACCGAAACGUCAAAUCGUCUUUAAGUUUUCCACUAUUCCCGCUGAACGGUCAGCGUCGUUGGUCUGAAGCUGCGGCUGGGGAGGUAAUUGAUGGGAUCUCCACGGAUCCCGAAAGCCAGAUGAGGAGAUGGUCAAUGCCCUGGGAAGCAUCGAAGACUGACAGGAACACUGUGACUUGGAACCAAACCAGGAUAAUGCCAAUGAAUACAUUAAAAACCUCUUCCUACAAAAUGUCUAGUUCAGAACGAUAUACUUCGCAUAAUUCAGAUGGGAAUUGGCCCUUGGCUUCAACCAGUCAAGAUGGUCUGUUAGAAGCUAUUCAAUUGCUGUCCAUCAGACCGACAACAGUCGCACAAAUAAGUCCCCAGCCCUCGAUUCUAUCAACUUCUCCGGAUGGAGCACCACUUGACUAAAUAUCAACUAGUUUAAAAAUAAAAGAAAUAACAAUCCACAAAUUAUACAUUAUAAUAAUCUCAAUUAGACGAAAAUAUAUGCAUAUUUGAUAACUUGA